ACACAAAAACUUAAUUUAUUCCAAAAUUGAGGAGAAAUAGAGAGAGAAAGAAGAGAUAGUGUGUGCUGUCAUUUUGUUCCAAAAGGAUCAUUGAAGUAGAAGUAGAUUCAGCUUGUUUUGAACCCAAAAGAAGAAAAGGUAGAUCAAAAGAUGGGGUAGACAGAGCUGGAUUCUUUUUCGCUUCUUUCCCAUAUAUACCUUUUCAUUUGAUUUCAGUUUCCCCCCAGAUACCUGCCAUGGCUCUUCCUCUGAAACCUUCUUGAGCCAUACCUGCAUCAAGCUCAAAACAAUCAUCAGUCAGGGUGACAUACUCUGAAGGUAGUUUGAUCUUUGAAGAAAGUACCUUGUAUCAAGAAUUCUUAAGAUUGCGGAAGCUUCUUCAUGUGUUGAUUAUGGUGACAAACUUGAGCAUCGGUAAAUCUUCUUUCUGACCCAUUGCCACGGGUCAAGAGUUCAAACUUUUGGAGUUGUUAGCAGUCCCGUUUCUGAGAUUUGGAAAUUGAAUUUACAGUAUUUGGUGCAUUAUUUCUACAUGAUGUUAAGUGUCUUCCCAGGACUAUGGCAUUACAGUAAAUCCAUGCAUUUAACUUCCCAGAUGAGGCUCUGACAAGACUGCCAAGGAUGCAGAAACAUCAAUACAAUUCCAUGGAAUCUAGAACUGAGGAAUUCCAUUCUGCGCCGCAAUUGGUCCCUCAAGACCUUCGUGAUGGCAUGCAUAUCAAUGCACGGCCUCCAGCAUAUAAUAUGUCAGAAAAUAAACCUGUACUUAACUAUUCCAUACAGACAGGUGAGGAGUUUGCUCUCGAGUUUAUGAGAGAUAGGGUGAAUCUCAGGAAGCCUCCCUUUCCAAAUGUUGUAGGUGAUCCCAACUAUUCAACAGGCUAUAUGGAAUUGAAAGGCAUUUUGGGACAUACAGGAUCUGAGAGUGGAUCUGAUAUAUCUGUGCUCACAAAGACUGACAAGGGUCCUAAAGAGUUUGACAGAAGGAACUCUUCUCAACACCAGGACAGAAGUAAUUAUGGUUCAGCUCGAUCAAUUCCUAGAACAUCAUCCAAUCAAGAAAAUUACCGAGUCCUUCAUGGUACUGCCUCUUCCAGUGCAUCUGAAAUUUCAUCCAUGAAGAUGAAGGUUCUGUGCAGCUUUGGGGGAAGAAUAUUGCCAAGGCCCAGUGAUGGAAAGCUUAGAUAUGUUGGGGGUGAAACGCGUAUUAUAAGUAUAAGAAGAGACAUACGUUUGCAGGAGCUUAUGCACAAAACAUCAUUAAUUUAUGGUGAACCUCAUGUGAUAAAGUAUCAGCUCCCUGGAGAAGAUCUUGAUGCGUUAGUUUCAGUAUCUUCUGAUGAGGAUCUGCGGAACAUGAUGGAGGAAUGUCAUGAUUUACAAGGUGAACGAGGAUCAACCAAGCUUAGGAUGUUUCUGUUCUCUAUAAAUGAUUUGGAUGAUACUCAGUUUGGCAUAGGUAGCAUUGACGGUGACUCUGAAAUCCAGUAUGUAGUUGCUGUUAAUGGCAUGAGCAUGAGUUCAAGAAACAACUCAAUUCUUCAUGCCGCAGGUGGCUCUACCAAUAACUUGCAUGAAUUGAAUGAACAAAAUAAUGAUAGGGAGACCAACAGAGUUUUGAUGGACUCAUUUGGUGUUAGUGGCUCAUCUUUGACUGACAAUGUUAAAUCAUCAUUGACUAUUCAAUCUUCACAACAAAUGCUUCCAAUCUCCUCUAAUGCUUUUGAAACCCAUCCAUUGUUUUAUGAUGACCCGGUUAUUCACCAAGGGGAUGCUAGUCAAUAUCCACUACAGCACGGUAUUGGUCCUUCUAACAACUCCGCUCGCAAUGUUGGAGAGAUUCCAGUUUCUGUGCCUAUUCAAAGUCUUGUUAACCAAGGGAUCGUGAAUGAUGGACAAACAUCCAGCGAGUUGCAGGUACAAAUUUCAGCCAUGCCAGACACGUUGGUAAAAAGAAAGGGUGAUAAUUUCAUUCAUACAGGCAAUGAUCCAGGAAAAGUUUUCCCCUUGGAAGCACCAUAUCCUAUUGCUUCGCUGCCAUUUGGGGGAAAUUUGCAUGCUAAUUUACCAGAGGCACCAGUUAGUGCUGCUAUAUCAGAAGGGUUUCAUCAUGCAGUGCCAUCAAAGAACAAGGGUAAGCACCAGCAGUCUGAAGAUGCCUAUUCAUUGAUCGGGAGUAUGAAUCCCACACAGACUCCUAAGUCUGGUGAAGAUGAUUUAUAUACUACACCCACUGAUGCAUUCAGCCGUGCUCAGGUUGAUGCUGAGUCCAAUGUGAUUGAUUUCGGUAGCCUUGAACCACCUCCACUUCCCAACAGAGUCUACUAUUCAGAGAGAAUUCCAAGGGAGCAGGAAGAUUUGCUGAAUCGAUCUACUAAGUCAGAUGACGCUUAUGGUUCUCACUUACUUAUGUCCGAUUUGCUUUCUGACUUCAGCCAGAAGAAUUCAGAAACAGAAUCCAAUGACAUAUUGCACGGUGGGAAUAUGUCAAAUCAGAACAUUAUGUCCAGAUCAGCACCAAAGCCUUUGCAAGCAGAUGGCAAUACCAUUGAUGAUGGAUUUGCCCCACCGCCAACAUACAAACAGUGGCCUGAUACAACAAAUAAGUUGAAUUCAAAGUUAGCACUGCAUGUGAAUUCUGAGUUGAAGCAAGUGUUGGUAGAUAAUAAGGUUACUGGAAUUGAGGACCAGGUCCUCCAUUCUGAAAAUGAUACCAAUCGUUCCAAAGACAACCAUAACAUCCUCUUAGUUGAUGGACCCAAAGGUACUGGACAUCUGGCACUUCAUCAGGUUCUUCCAGUUGAACAUAAUCUGAAUGUAGUGUCUAAACCUCCAGACCUCAAUUUGGCUGAAGUUUCUACCAGGGAAUCGAAUAACGGUACUAAGGUCCAAGCUGUGGCUUUUCCUUCAACUGGAAACACAGGCCAAGAUGUUUCUCAAAAUUUUCCCCCAGAAGUUAGGACAAGACCUACUACUCAGGGAGACAUUCUUAUUGAUAUUGAGGACAGGUUUCCCCGUGAUAUCCUUCAUGAUAUGUUCUCCAAAGCAAUACUUUCCGAAGAUUCCUCAAGUAUUGGUCCGUUAGCAGCAGAUAGAGCAGGUUUGAGCUUACACAUGGACAAUCAUGAGCCUAAACGUUGGUCAUAUUUUCAGAACUUGGCCCAAGAGGGGAUUGAUAAUGUUUCUCUAAUUGAUCAGGACUAUCUUGAUUUUUCGUCUGCAGUGAGGAAAGUUCCAGAUGGGGAUAGUAAAUCUCAGCAUUCUGCUGCACUACUGGCAGAUGGUGCUUUGGCAGGACACAAGGAAUCUCACCUAAAUUUCGGUGGUGACGAAAAUCAGAAAAAUGUUCCUGUAACAACUAAAACAGAAUCAACUCUCCUUCAACAAAAAUAUGAGCAUUCCCAGCUAAAGGGCAAUGAAAAUAAGAAUAUGGAAGCCAUAAUGGAAAACGUAAGACCACAGGAAUCUGAAUACCUGGAGGAUGACCAGAAUGAAGCAAGGAAUGUUGAUUUGGCAGGGAAUUUUGACAUCAGUACUGUGCAGUUCAUAAAGAAUGAUGAUCUUGAAGAGCUUCGAGAGCUGGGUUCUGGUACCUUUGGGACUGUGUACCAUGGAAAGUGGAGGGGAUCGGAUGUUGCUAUUAAAAGAAUAAAGAAAAGCUGCUUCGCUGGUCGAUCUUCAGAACAAGAGAGACUGACCAUAGAGUUCUGGCGUGAAGCUGACAUACUUUCCAAGCUUCACCAUCCAAAUGUUGUAGCAUUUUAUGGUGUAGUUCAGGAUGGACCAGGAGCAACAUUGGCAACUGUCACUGAGUACAUGGUGGAUGGUUCUCUCAGGAAUGUUUUGCUUCGUAAGGAUAGAUAUCUUGAUCGCCGUAAGAGGUUGAUAAUAGCCAUGGAUGCAGCUUUUGGAAUGGAAUAUUUACACUCAAAAAAUAUUGUGCAUUUUGACUUGAAAUGUGACAAUUUGCUUGUGAACUUGAAGGAUCCUUUACGGCCAAUAUGCAAGGUUGGUGAUUUUGGCCUAUCAAAAAUUAAGCGAAACACCCUUGUUUCUGGUGGUGUUCGUGGAACUCUACCUUGGAUGGCACCAGAGCUGCUAAACGGUAGCAGCAACAAGGUCUCAGAAAAGGUUGAUGUGUUUUCUUUCGGCAUAGUCUUAUGGGAGAUUCUUACUGGUGAAGAACCAUAUGCUAAUAUGCACUAUGGUGCAAUUAUUGGAGGUAUUGUGAAUAACACAUUGAGACCUACAAUCCCCAGUUACUGUGAUCUUGAGUGGAAAACACUGAUGGAGCAGUGUUGGGCACCCAAUCCUGCAGUUAGGCCAUCCUUCACAGAAAUUGCUCGGCGUCUGCGUGUGAUGUCUGCAGCUGCUAUUCAGAACAAAGGACAGGUCCACAAGGCUUCUAAAUGAAAAUCAACACAUUUGAUCUGAUUCCCAUAUAUAGUUCCCUCAAUUAUGCUCCAAAUUUAGCUAUAAAUAUAUUAUUCACAUGUAAGGGCCAGCAAUAAUUGUUUGUAUUGUAGUUUUCUGGUCCUGCUCAUUUUGUUGUUGAUUGUUGUGAAUAUCAGAACUUGUAAAUGUGUGUGAAAACCACAUAAACAGGCUGUGCAAAUUAACAUUUGGACUUAAUGCUAUUUCCACAGUGAAUUUUGGACUGCUUA